CUCCCCCGACCGGGCGCCGCUGCUAGAUUUGUGACCGAGGAAGGGGGUGUAUAGAUGGAGAGCGACAAUGCAAGUUUGUGGGAGACCCUCCUCUGGGCUCAGCCCACCUGCGGCGAGUGGAAGAGCGGGGUGGAGGGCUCGGUGUACCAGCUGGCCAACGUCUUCUUCACCCUGGGCUACAUGGGCGGCAGCGGGCUGGUGGGACUGCUGUACAUCAACCUGCUCCUGGCCGCCGCCUUCCUCUGCACUUCCAUCUGGGCGUGGACCGACGUGUGCGCCGCCGAUAUCUUCUCCUGGAACUUCGCCCUGGUCGUCGUCUCGGCCGUGCAGCUCGUCCACGUCGCCUACCAGCUCCGCAGCGUCUCCUUCCCCGAGGAGCUGCACAACCUGUACGCCGCCGUCCUCCAACCCCUCGGUGUCCCACUGGCCGUCUACAAGAAGUUGGUCACUUGUUGCAGCCUGGUCUCGCUGGACAAGGACCACUGCUACGCCAUGGAGGGGAAGACUCCCAUCGAAAGGCUCUCGCUCCUCUUGGUCGGGAGGAUUCGGGUGACGGCCGACGGGGAGCUUUUGCAUUAUAUUUAUCCGUAUCAGUUCCUCGAUUCGCCUGAAUGGGACUCACUCAGACCGUCGGAGAAUGGGAUAUUUCAGGUGACACUGACGGCCGAGACCGACUGCCGUUUCGCAGCUUGGAGGAGGAAGAAACUCUACCUGUUAUUUGCACGGCACCGCCGUAUAUCCAGACUCUUUUCCGUCUUGAUCGGCAAGGACAUCGCGGACAAGCUGCACUCCCUGAACGACAAGGUGUGCGUCAGCAGCGGCCUCCGCUACGACAUCAGGCUGCCCAGCUUCUACCACCUGGCAGUGCCCAUCAGCGAACUCUCGGAGCGGAGAUCCAGGCGGCUCAAGUUUUCCGAACACUACCCACAAGUAUUCAACACCUCUGUGAUCCUUUAUCGAGUCACAACAGGGAAGGGGAAGGGAUUAAAGGGAGAAAACACAUGUCCAGUUGCAAUCAAUAGCACAAAUACAAAGAAAGUCCGCCUGGCAUCCUUACGGGGCGCGGUGCCAGAAGGCUUCCCGACGGUCGGGCCGCGGCUGUGGACUGGGAACGCGCCGCCGGAGGCUUUUAUCGAGACGCCGCGGUCUCAAUGCCUCCUGGAUCGCCGUGUGGAAGCCUUGGGUUGGGGCACGGCCGGGGCCCUUCACGGAUGGAAGCCCGGGUCGGGCGAAGCGGCCGACGGAGCUAGCGGCUGGGGCCCGGGUCGGCACAGCGGAGGCGUGAAGGCUCGCAGGAUGAACGCCACACAGGGUUACUUGCGGACGCUCAGCUUCGUGGUGGUGAACGCCACCAGCUCUGCCGCUUCGGACGCGGGCUUCGGCAAUGGCACCGGGCCCUUCUCCGCCGGGAUGGAGAGCUGCGACAACUGGAAGGAGAUCCAACAUUUAAUUUUCCACCUGGCCAACAUCUGCUUUGCCGUCGGCCUGGUGAUCCCCACCACUGUCAAGGUCCACAUGAUACUUCUCCGCGGCAUGCUCAGCAUAGGUUGUGCGCUCUUCAUUGCCUGGGCAGCACUGUACCGAUGUGCUUUGGACAUAAUAAUCUGGAACUCCCUGUUCCUUAUCCUCAACAUGAUGCAUUGUAUCUACCUGAUCUACAAACGGAGACCUAUAAAGCUUGACAAGGAACUCAAGGCACUGUACCGGAGGAUGUUUGAGCCUCUUCAUGUUCCUCCUGACUUGUUCCAAAGACUCACGGGGCAGUUCUGUAGUAUCAUGACCCUUACCAAGGACCAAACCUACGCCGCGGAAGAUAAAACGUCUGUUGAUGACCGGCUUAGUAUCCUGCUCAAGGGAAAGAUGAAAGUCUCGUACCGGGGACACUUUCUGCACAACAUUUAUCCCACCGCCUUCAUCGACUCACCGGAAUUCCGAUCGACCCAGCUCAACAAAGGAGAGAAAUUCCAGGUGACCGUGGUGGCUGAGGACAACUGCAGGUUUCUCUGCUGGUCCAGGGAGAGACUGACUUUCUUCCUGGAAACCGAGUCGUUUCUUCACGAAGUAUUCAAGUACCUCAUCGGCAAAGAUAUCACCAACAAGCUGUACUCCUUGAACGACCCAACACUAAGUGACAAAGUAGGUAUUAACCUUGAGCGUUGAGUAAAUACCCUGUGGAACUGAAUGCAUUAAAGAUACCCAGCUCUGAAAUGUUUUGCAUAAAACACAUAAAUUAAAUAUAUUUAAAAUAUUCUCCAAAUAUAUACCAAUUAAUCACUCAUGUUGCUGCAUAUUUGGAGUCAUUAU